AUUACAGAAUCACUGGAAAUACUGUGCUGUGUUACUGCUGUGGUCUGCGUAGCUUCCGAGAGUUGACCUACCAGUAUCGGCAGAACAUUCCUGCUUCUGAGUUGCCAGUGACUGUCACAUCCCGUCCUGAUUGCUACUGGGGCCGUAACUGUCGCACUCAGGUGAAGGCUCACCAUGCAAUGAAAUUCAAUCACAUCUGUGAGCAGACAAGGUUCAAGAACUGAGUAUUGGAGGAGACACCUAAAACAGUUACAGAGCACAGGAGGCAAUGAUACUGUGUUUUUUAAAAUACCACAUACAAACACUUUAAGGGCAUUUUUGACAGUUUCUCCUAAGCAGCACUGGGGUUUCUGGUCAGGCACUCUGGUGUGGCUUUUCCCUUCAUGAAGCUUUACCUUCAGUGAGACGUGUGUGUGUGUGCAUGUACAUGCAUGCACACACACAUGCACACCCAUGCACACACACACACACACACACACACACCAUGUGCCCAGUAACAUGGGAGACCUACUGGCCACACUGACCUCGUGGUCAGUGCGGGAGGAUCAGCAGACCUAGCUCCCCCACUAGGCAGCUCUCACCACCUGUGUGGUGAGGCAGUUGAUGGUGCAGGUUUGUACUUGUUUGUUUUCUACCUUGUACCUUGACUAAGUUAAAAUGGAAAAGUUUCAUGGAAAAAGGGUCAGCUAUGUGAGAAGCAUUCUAUGGAAAGAAAGAAAGCAUAAGUUUACAGCCUCCAGGGAUGUACAGGAUAUUCUGUCUGGAAAGACACAGCCUUUUGUAUAUUUUUUAUUUUAAUAAGUUUGGUGCUUAUCAUCUAAUAAGAUUUAAAUAUUAAAAACUAGCACAAAUACUAUAACUUAUACUUUACAAAUUGACUGAAAUUGGGAAUAGUCUGAUAUAUGGAAUAAUGAGCAUAUAUUUCUGUUUAUUUAAAAAAAAAAAA